AUGGCCUCCCGUCCUCCCCCGGUAGACCCCCUCCCCCCUCAGGGUCCUGCCCCGUCAGGUGUGUCCCAGGUAGACGCAGUCGAGCCUGUCGAGGUAGCUGUUGACUCUGGUGCUGUUAGAGCUGCUGAGCCUGCGGGUGCCGGGUCUGGGGGUGCUGAGCCUGGGGGUGCUGAGUCUGGGGGUGCUGAGCCUGGGGGUGCUGAGUCUGGAGGUGGUGAGCCUGGGGGUGCUGAGUCAGGGGGUGCGGAGCCUGGGGGUACGGAGCCUGGGGGUGCGGAGCCUGGGGGCGCUGGGUCUGCUCGUGUGGCCGCCGGCGGUGCUUCGUCGAGGCGGGAGCCACUCUCUCCACAGGAGCUGCGCGAGUGGUUUGCCCGGCGCUGGAGCCGUGCUGCUGGAGCUGGAGGUACUACUGUUGCUGCUGGUUCCGGAGGUGCUCGUACUGGCGGUACUGGAGCUGCUGGGACUGGGGGUGCUGCUGGGGCUGCUGGAGUUGGGCCUGGUGGAGCUGCUGGCGGAACUGGAGCUGCCGGACCUGCUGGAGUUGGUGCUGCUGGAGCUGCUGGAGCUGGAGCUGCUGGGGGUGUUGGCGCUGGUGUUUCUGCUGGCGCUGGUGCGUCUGAGGGUGCUGGAGUUGGCGCUGUUGGAGCUGGAGGUGCUGCUGGCACUGGUGCUGCCGCUGGGGGUACUGGUGCUGUCCUUGCUGGUUCUGGAGGCGCUACGCGGCCGAGGCCGUACUUCGUUCCGCUCCUUGAGCAGGUUCUUGCUCUCCCGCCCUCUAUUGGUCCUGCUCCUCCCUUAGAGUGUCCGCAGCCUGUCCAGUCGCAGUCACAGUUACAGCCCGCCUCCCCCCUACCUGCUCCUUCUCCCUACACUGGUCCUACUGGAGGUCUUGCUGAGCGUCGUGAGCCUGCGUCUCGUCCUGCGUCGCCUAUUCGAGCUGCUCGCACUAGCGGUCGUGCUUCACGUCCGCGUCCUCCUGCGGUCCCAGGCACACACCAGAUGGCACUGCGUCCUUCCACUACUCCUCUGCGUGUCCCGUUGCCGUCUCCUCCAGAGUCCUCUCUUCCUCUUCUUGCUGACCCGGAGUCUGACUCUCUUCGUGCUGCCAGUCCUACUGUCACGCGUCUCCUGGCCACUGUUGUCACUGACCCUUCCUUUGAGUCCACUGCUGCGUCUGCCCUAGUUGCUGAGCUUGUCGAGUUCGCGGCUCGCUGUCGUCUAGACUACGCUGCUAGUCUUGUUGCUGAGUCUGAGUCUGUCUGUCCUCCGUCCGUCGGGGGUGAGUGUGCUCUUAGCACGGACGUCCUUGAGGACAGGCAAGAGGAGUUCCAGUGUUUUGCUGCUGCUUUGCCUCAUCUCGUGUCCACGCUGAUUGCCCCUGAGGGAGACCCGGAUGCACCAGACAUCCCGACUCCUCGAUCGUACACUGAGGUGAUCGAGGGUCCCUACUCCUCUCAGUGGCAGUCAGCCAUGGACGCAGAGAUGGCUUCCUGGAAGUCCACAGGCACCUACGUCGACGAGGUUCCCCCACCUGGGGCGAACAUCGUCAGUGGCAUGUGGAUUUUCAGGGUGAAGCGGCCGCCGGGUUCUCCGCCUGUCUUCAAGGCGCGUUACGUGGCUCGAGGCUUCAGUCAGCGGCAGGGAGUUGACUACUUUCAGACCUUCUCUCCCACCCCGAAGAUGACCACUCUUCGGGUGCUGCUGCACAUAGCCGCUCAGCGCGACUACGAGCUUCACUCUCUUGACUUUAGCACAGCUUUCCUACAUGGCAGCCUUCACGAGGAGAUCUGGCUGCGCCGCCCACCUGGCUUCACUGGGUCGUUUCCUCCUGGUACCCAGUGGAGCCUCCGGCGGCCAGUCUACGGUCUCCGCCAGGCGCCCCGUGAGUGGCACGACACACUGAGGACUACACUUGCGGCUCUUGGGUUUGCUCCUUCUACAGCCGACCCGUCGCUGUUUCUGCGCACCGACACCUCUUUGCCGCCGUUCUACAUCCUCGUGUACGUCGACGACUUGGUCUUUGCCACUGCUGACACUGCUGGACUCGCCCACGUGAAGUCCGAGCUGCAGAAGAGACACACGUGCACAGACCUGGGUGAACUGCGCAGCUACCUUGGCUUGUAG